AUGGGGGACAUGAAAACCCCAGAUUUCGAUGACUUGUUGGCAGCCUUCGACAUUCCAGACAUCGAUGCCAAAGAGGCCAUCCAGUCUGCGCCAGAAGAGGGUGGGGAGGGGUCAGGGAAGGCUGGGGGCAGCGUGUCUGUGGCCGGGGGUCCCUCGCCAAGACCUUCCAGCCCCACUGAUUCCCCUCCCAACCCCCAGAGUGAGCCUCCAGUGGUCAGUGUGAUUGUUAAGAACAGGGUGAGGCCUGACUCCUAUGAGGAUACUGAGGGGUCAGAUGAAGAGGAUGGAGACAGCCCUGGGGGCAGUGGGACAGACCCAGACCCUGAGGUGGAGACUGGGAUGGGAGUCAAGGGGAGCCUGCUGAAUUCACGACUGGCUCCUAGGAUGCCUAGUCUGGUCUCCUCAGAACCUCUCCUCCAGAAUGGGUUUGAGGGGUCCACAGCCACGCUGGAGCCCAGUGUGAGAGGCCAGGGGAUGGGCCAGGCCAACAGGGAGCUCUGGUCAACCUGCUCCCCUUCCACUGCGAGUGAAGGAAGGGGCAGCAGUGGGGGUGCGGGGGGGUCGGCCAGCACAACCAAACAUACAGUUAAUAUUCUCAACAGACUGAAACCUCUCCCCUCCCCUCACACCUCUGCUGGUCCUAUAACCUCCACAUCCUCCUCCUCAUCGUCAUCUUCACUCUCCGUCAACCCACACCUCUCUCCUCCCUCCAUCCUGAGUGAGGACACUCCGCGCCCUCCCAGGCAUCUCUCCUCCCCCCCUCCCUCCAAUGGAAGGAUGAGGCGCAUCAUGGACUCGGAUGAGGACGACUCUGAACCGGAUUUAGGAAGCCCGCUAGUGAUCCAAGAGAGCCCAGAUUCUCCCAUGUGCUCUCCUCCCAAAUUUCCACGUAGACACCGCCAAGUGUCCACUUCAGAGCUGUUCAGCUCCCCAACUCCCUCCUCCCCUCCUCUCCUCUCGUGCCCCCCUCCUCUCUCCUCCAAACCCCCUCCCUCCAUCACUCUGACAUCCUCCAACUCUAAACCCCCCCCUCCAGAUGAAGUACCCUCCACCCCCAGGUCUCCCUCCCCUCCUCCUGCCCAGCCCCGGGCCAGUCAGUCCUGGCUGGCUGCCGCCCUCAGUAACCCCAGACCCAUCUCUAGCCCUGUGAUGGAGGAAAGAAACCCGGAACAUGUGAUCGAGGAGAGGGACUCACCAGAGAGUCCCCCGCCUGACCAGACAGGUUCUGCUAUGUCCACUGUGCCCAAGAGGAGCUCCAGCCCUGCACCAGCCUCAGCUUCAACUCCACAGGGGGCUAGAGAGGGAGAGGAGCCCAUGGAGAGUGAGCCUACCCUGGCGAGCAGGUCAGAGGACAGUGAGAAGAUGGAGGUUGUGGAUGGAAGACAAACAGGAGAUACGGAGACGGCUCCGGCCAACGCUAUGACGACACCAACAGCCCCUGUUCGCCCGCUCAAAGUCCGAAUCAAAACGGUCAAGACCCCUACAGGCAGCAUCACCAGGACAGUGACGCGAGUAGCAUCUAAAGGGGCAGGGGGGACCCCCUCAAAGGGCACAGACAGCUCCAAACCCUCCCCAGGUGGUCGUAAGGUCCUCAGCCGGCCCAAGAGGGUGGCAUCUCAGCAGCCUCCGCAGCAGAAGUCAAAUGGUGGCAGCCUCCUGCCUGUGUCUACACUCCAGGACGCAAGUACCGCCAUGUUGAUGGCCGCCAGCAAGGCCCAAAACAAGAUGGCCGCCGACAGCAACAAGCCCAAAGUGUCGGCUACGGCUGUCAGCAUCACCAAGUCAGCAGCCCUCCCCUCUGUCUCUUCUGCCUCUUCCUCCUCCCCCAGAUUCAGCCCAGGGGGGGCCAGCGUGCGCAGCCUGGGCCAGAAGACCUUGAAUGGGGGUGUGUCUGUGUCCCCCUCCCCCCUCCUCCCCCCUCAGGGGGGCAGUAGACCGGCCUCCAUAGUGAACAGUACAGGAGCCAUCAUCUCCAGGAGCCAGUCCAGUUUGGUGGAGGCCUUCAACAAGAUCCUCAACAGCAAGAACCUGCUGCCCAGCUACAGACCAGACCUCUCUACACCACUACCACCGGAGUGGGACCUGCCUCUGCCUGCACAGGUAACAGACAUAGGUCUAUAUCAGGGGUAUUCAACUCUUACCCAACGAGGUCUGGAGCCGGCUGGUUUUCUGUUCUACCUGAUAAUGAAUUGCACCCACCUGAUGUCCCAGGUCUAAAUCAGUCCCUCAUUAGAGGCGAACAAUGAAAAAACGCAGUGGAACCGGCUUUCAAGGUCCAGAGAUGACUUUGAGGGGUCUAUAUCAGCAUGGAUCCAGUAUUGCACUAGUAGCACUUAAAAGCGGAAGUCAAAUUUCAGUUAGACCUUGUGUUCAGUAGACCAAUAAAUCGCUCUUGUUUAUGUAGUUUUUUUAUGGUCAUACACCGGAUAGGUGCAGUGAAAUGUGUUGUUUUACAGGGUCAGCCAUAGUAGUGCGGCGCACCUGGAGCAAAUUAGGGUUAAGUGCCUCGCUCAAGGGCGCUUAUUAAUCCCCAAAGGGGAAAUUUGAUUGCACCAGCCAAUACAUACAACACCAAUGAAUACGCAUUGUAUCGAGAGACAUGUCAUCAACAUAGGUAUUGUAUUCAUGUUGUUCUUCCUUCUUUGCGUCGCAGGGCUACCGCUGUCUGGAGUGUGGCGAUGCGUUUGCCCUGGAGCGCAGCCUGGCUCGCCACUACGACCGGCGGUCCCUGAGGAUCGAGGUGACCUGUAACCACUGUGCCAAGCGGCUGGCCUUCUUCAACAAGUGCAGCCUGCUGCUCCACGCCAGGGAACACAAGGAGAGGGGACUGGUCAUGCAGUGUUCCCACUUGGUCAUGAGACCUGUCACUGUGGAGCAGAUGAUAGGACAACAGGACACCACUCCCAUCGGUGAGAGAGAGACUGUGUGCUAUUACCUUCAUAUCUGACCUAGGACUCUAUACAUAAAGCAUCUCAGAGUAGGAGUGCUGAUCUAGCAUCAGAUUUGACUUUGAGAUCAUAAUGAAUCAUAUUAUAUGAACGGGGGGUGACCUGAUCCUAGAUCAGAUCUCCUACUCUGAGACGCUUUAUGACUACGGGUGCAUCGCUGUUUAACAGUGCCUGUCUAACCCACCUCUCUUUAACUUUCACUCCCCUUCCCCUAUCUAUCUCCCCGUCUCUCUCUCUCUCUAUGCCUCCUUUAGGCAUGCUCUCUCCCUCCCUCUCCACCUCCUCUGUCCUAGCGUCGUCUUCUCCGGCUGUGACUUCAGCAGUGACCCCUGCGACCCUGAGCCCCGCCCCCCAGCUGCAGCAGCCAGUCCCCAAUAAGAAGGCGGCAGAGCCGGUGCUGUACACCAAUAACAAGUGUCCUGAGUGUAAGGUGCAGUUCUGCAGCAAGGCCGAGGUGGCUGCCCACUUUCAGGAGGUCAAACCAGCCCUUAACACUGUGAGUAGAGCAGUGUGUGUGUUUCCACAUCUUUUACAUUCUAGACACUAUAUGAAUAGCUUGUCAUGGCUUUAGGAGUACCUGCCUUACUGACCUGUGGUCCCUCCUUUCCCCGUCUCCCUCUCUCCCUCCAGUCCUGUACGGAGUGUUCUCCCCCCAUGCUCCUUCCUAACGGCUGCAGUGCCUCUGCUCACGCUCGCAUCCACAACCCCCGCCCCCCCUACGUCUGCCCAGAGUGUGGGGGUGUGGCCAAGCAGCCAGCCUUCCAAUCCCAUCUGGAGGAGGCCUGUCUCCACUUCACACGACGCAUCGGAUACAGGUGACCUUUCACCCCUCACUCCCUCUGUAAUUGAAACAAACCUAGUUACUCCCCUAGACACUGAUCUAGGAUCAGAUUACCUUACCACCAACUAGGGCUGUGGCGGUCAUGACAUUUUGUCAGCUGGUUAUUGUCAUGCAAAAGUCUGCUGGGCUCACGGUAAUUGACCGUUAAUUAACAUAAACAUGUUUAGCAUCUCCAGGCCUCCACGCAUACAAGCCGCCUAUGAGCGUUUUUGGAACAUCUACAUUUAAAAAAAGUACCAUCACAAUAAGUCCAUAAUUUAUUUGAGUCAGGUCUAAAGAAACAUGAUAUGAAGAACAAAAUAACAUAGGCCUACAGUAGGCCAACUCAUAUCUGGCUGUCCUCCAUGCCACAGGCUGUAGGCUUGUUCAUUUAGCAUUUAGCUGACAAGCUAUGUCAUCACUUUAUUUUAUAUGAUUAUAUAGUAAGAAUAAUAUAAUUGAACUUAGGAUAUUUUUCCCAUAACGGAGUGUUUGCGUAUAUGAAGUGGCUAUGUUGAGCAUAAAAGUGAACAUUUGAAACAGGUCCUAUAUGCUAGAUUUGGAGUUAUUUGACAACUUUAGUUGUGAAUGAUACAAAAAUGUCUUAGAAAUCAAAGCAUAAAUGGGCUGCAUGGUGCGACUAUAGGCUAUUGAUGAUUUGAGAAAGUAGCAAAACAAGUUUGCGCUCUGUUUCUUGCCUCAGGCUGCACAGAUGUUCUCUCAUCAAGUGAUCAUAUUUUCACCCUUCAGACGAUUCUCAGUUUAAUCUUGUCUAAUAUGUAAAAUUAGUUUUGAUUUAGAAUGUCCCAUUAUCAAUGGGCAGGAACAGGGGCAGGGGAAAAUACAUGUCAUCUGUAUGCACUGGAAUAGCGAAUGGAUGCCACGCACUUACCCUCAGGUCCGUUUUGUUGGCUACUUCUGUUUUAUAGCGGAGCAUGUGCUUAAUAUGAGCAGCUGAGAAAUAAAUAUAAGAACACUCAUUUCACUCCACGCAUCAACCACUGUUUGAGGAGCAUGCUCUCGCUGCCCUGCAGGUGAUAUUCCGCCCAAACUCUGUAUGCCAUGGGCUCUCCAACCCCUGUUCCUGCAGCUACCCAGUGCUUCAUUUGGGAAAACAAGUGAAAUCUGUUUGGAAACAUUGAUAGUGACAUGUUUUCGCAACGAAACAUAUUUCACAAAACUGUUGACAGCCCGUCUGCGCGCUCGAGAAAGGAAUAAAGGAGAGAGAGGAGGAGAUGGACACGCAUGGUGGUGAGAUAUUCUGUAUAGCUAAAGGUAAUGUCACCCAAUUAAUAAAAAAUGCCCUAUUACUAGGCUAUUCAAAAUCAAAUACAAAUUCACUAAUUGUAGGCUAACUGUAAGCUGCCCUGCACAAUCAAUGAACCAACAGCAUCGCCUAGGGCUAUACGUUCUCUCCCAGACUCAUGGAUAGACAUGUUGGAGCGUAGCAUAAGGUAACCAGUCCAGUAUGCAUAAUAAUACAGCUCACACGUAAAGGCGAUUUACUCAAAUUUGUUUAAUUUUGGAGAAUAGGCUAGAUCAAUUAUGUACCAAAGACAUCUUAAAUCAGUUUUGUUAUUCUGCCGUGCGUAGUAUUAUGCUGUAGGCUAUGAAUUGUAUAACGGUACAAUCAUCAUUUUAAUUCUGUUUUUUUGGGGGAGGGGGGUUCAUAAGCCUACGUACAUGCAUAAGCUGUAAUAUGCUUAUGUUUUGAAUGAAUCAUCACCUUAGAAAGCGCUGUCCAUUUCGUUGUGUUAGGCUUUGAAACAACAUCCACAACAACCAUGUUUUACACUGUUUCAACCUGCUGUUGAACUUCUUUCUUCAAAUUGAUCAUCACAGUGAGGUGAGUUUUAAAAGUCUGAUAGGCCAACUGUUUUGAUGAUAAGUGUUUGAUGUGAUUUUCGAUUGCAUUUGCAUUGAUGUCAGAGUGGUUAGAGGGACAGUAGAGCCCUGAGUACCAGGCCAUUGGCGACCUGAUGUUCAUUAGCGAGUUGGGUACUACUAACACAUGUCCAGAGUUCAUAAGAGGAGAUUACCGUGACUCAACGGUUACAUGGAAUUUCACUGUGGUCAUGACUCAUGACUGCUGGUGUGUCGGUAAUACGGUCACCGCAACAGCCCUACCACCAACCCAUGCUUUAACCAUUAGGAGGAUGAAGAAAUAUCUGACCCUGAAUCAGUGUUUAGGGACAACAUUUACAAUUAUAAUUCUCUCUCUCUCUGUGUCUGUCUUUCUGCAGGUGUUCUAGUUGUCAGGUGGUGUUUGGAGGGUUAAACUCGGUCAAGUCCCACAUCCAGACGGCUCACUGUGAGGUGUUCCAUAAGUGUCCCAGCUGCCCCAUGGCCUUCAAGUCCUCCCCCAGCGCCCAGAGCCACAUCAACACCCAGCACCCCACACUCACUGGAGGACAGGCCAAGUACGCGCACACACACACCACACACACACGCACACUGAUUGUGUUCUCUGAUUUUAUACCCUUCUUUUCUUCCUUACAGGAUGAUCUACAAGUGUGUGAUGUGUGACACAGUAUUUACCCAGAAGCCACUGCUGUACGUCCACUUUGACACCCACCUAGUCAAGCAGAAGGUGCACGUGUUCAAGUGUCCUGAGUGCACCAAGCUCUACGCUCAGAGAAGUUCCAUGCUGGAGCACAUCAAGGUACAUCUAUGGGUUCACCUCUCACACAGUCCUUCUCAAGACUGGGUUUGGGUCAGUCAGUUUUUUUACAUUCAUAAAAUAUUCUGUUGAUGUGUAGCUUAACUCUCUUCCAUCUCUCUAUCUGCUCUGUUCCUUUCUCCUUUUCUCUUCUCUCCUCUCCUCCCCCUUCCCUCGCUCAGACUACUCACAGAUGCCCCGCAGUCAAACAGGAAGUUCCCGUUGCCAUGGCGCCCUCCCCUGCCCCUCUCCCUCGGGUGCGGAGCUCGGCGAAGACGGAGAGCUCUGACGGGGAGGAGUGGGGAAGGGAGGAGGAGGAGGAGGAAGAGAAGGAUGGAGAGAGCAGUAAGACGAGUCCAGGGUGGAGCUGUGCUCCCUGCCACGCCCGCUACGCUGACAGAGAGGACUACAUUACCCAUAUGGCAGAGCAGCAUGGCAAGGUCAGGAACACAGACUGCACAUAAAGACUGUUUGAUGUGCAGUACAGUAGAUUGAUUCUGAAUCGGUUCUAACUGAUCAGUGAUCCAUUGUAUCUUCUGACCCUCUAGGUCAGGCCUACUCUACUGCCUGCCCACGGGCCCAGUCCUGCCCAAAAUUAACCCCUAACUGGCCCUUAAACUAAUCACCUAAUCGCCACGGGCCCAGUCCUCACUUGAGAAAAGUUAUGCUUAAUACUUCACUUACGUUCUUCCAAAUAAGAUCAGAGUUUAUUUAGACUCAACUUUGAGCUCCCCAGGUGUUUGUCAAGUUAGGAUUGGACCCGAUCAUAUAGGUUCUGAAGCCGUAUAUCAUAUCUAUCUCUAAAGUUGUGGAGCACAGUCACCUCUCACAUGAAGUGGAGGGAUCCAGGAAAGUUUCCCCUCUUUUUUUUUUCUUUGAAGAACAGAUUUUCAGCAGUUUUUCUCAGUAAGCAUCAUUGUCUUUAGUAGCCUUUCUGUUUUUAAACUAGGGGAGCUGAGGGGACUGUUCAUUGUAAGGUGCCUGUGUUUUGUGUAGAUCCUGAAGAAGUUCCCGUGUAGUCUGUGUGAGAGCUCCUUCUCCUCCACGUCCAGCCUCAGACGCCACAUCAGAGUCAAACACAAGGGCAUCAAACGAGCCUUCCACUGCCGGUGAGUAUGCACACUACACCCUAACCCCUACAUACUAUACCCUACCCCCCACAUCAGAGUCAAACACAAGGGCAUCAAACGAGCCUUCCACUGCCGGUGAGUAUGCACACUACACCCUAACCCCUACAUACUAUACCCUACCCCCCACAUCAGAGUCAAACACAAGGGCAUCAAACGAGCCUUCCACUGCCAGUGAGUAUGCACACUGCACCCUAACCCCUACAUACUAUACCCUACCCCCCACAUCAGAGUCAAACACAAGGGCAUCAAACGAGCCUUCCACUGCCAUUGAGUAUGCACACUGCACCCUAACCCCUAUAUACUAUACCCAACCCUCACAUGAACCCCUAUACUACCCUAUUACAUCUUUAUCUCACCCUACCCCCUACACUAAACCCUAACCUGCUUGUGUGUGUAGGUUGUGUACUGAGGGGAAGAGGACGUUCAGCAGUAGGCUGGUGUUGGAGAGACAUGUCCAGCUGAGACACAGCAUGUCAGCUCUAGACACAAAGGUAUAGUUCCACUUUCUCUCACAACUACCGAUUGCAGCCUUUAUAUAGGAAGACAGGUUAUUAAUGCUAAAUGUCAUUAACUCUAAUUCUCUCUGUCUGUCAGAAGCGAGGGAGGGGUGCAGAGGGGGCAGACAGUUCCUCAGAGCAGGACGGAGGCUCCAACCCUCCGUUCACUGUUUCAGCUGAGGAAGAUGGAGGAGGAGGGGUGAAGACUGAGGAGGAAGAGGAGGAUGUGACCGAGGGCAUCAUCCCCGCUAAGAGACCUCGCGUCACCUCCUCGGCCCCCCCUCCCCAGCCAGAGUCUGGGUUCCACUGUGCUCCGUGUGGCUUCACCACCGAGGACCGCGCCGUCUUCCUGGAGCACAUCCCCCAGCACCGCUCCGAGGCCCUGGGGGGAGGAGUCAGCCUGCAGUGUCUGCAGUGUGGAGCCUGCUUUGCCUCCGCCCCCUCCCUCUCCCGCCACCGCUUCAUCAGCCACCGGGUCCGAGACACGCCCCCUGACAACCACAGCCGCCACGCCCAUAAUGACCGCUCCCUGACAUCGUCACCCGGCAACGGCGGUAACCACGGUGACGGGAGUCCCAGAGGGGGUUCCCUGCCGGGAUCUCCCUCUUCCUCGUCUCACCCCCCCACGCCGCUGGGGGAGGAUGGGGAGGGCAGGGUGGGGUGUAAGGUGUGUGGGAAACGCUUUGACAAGGUGUCGGAUCUGAACACACACUUCAGGACUCACGGCAUGGCCUUCAUCACCGCACGCAAGACAGACAAACCUGUCUGAGAGAAAAAAAUAGUGAGGGAGGGGA